AUGGCUGACACCGAAACCCUACCGGUUGGUAAACGGAAAGCGGACCAGCCAGGCGGCGUGUCAGCCGAGAAUGGCGCUGCUGACGGCGACGAUGCAGAUCGCGCGGGGAAGCGGAGGCGGUGGGACAGCGGUGCAGAUGGGGUGCAGAGCGGUGCCGAUGGCGGACAGAAACCCGCGGAGGGUGGCGGAACGGGGGGUUCCGCUCCCGCCGCUGGCGGAAAGAAGGUCCCGAGCGUCUCGCUGGAUGCUCUGGCCAAGGCGAAGAAGGCCCUGCAGAUGCACAAGGAGCUCAAAGAAAAGCUCAAGAAGCUUCCUCAGCUGAGCAAAGCAGCGCCACCCGCAGCCGCGGUAGUCCCCACUGCAACAGCAGCCGCCGCUGCAGCCGCAGCAGCAGCAGCAGCCGCAGCAGCAGCAGCAAAAGGGCUACCAGCGCCUGUGCCCGUGGUGGUGCCGGUGGCUGUCCCUGGCGUUGGAAUCGUGCCCGUAGUCCCGGGCGUUGCUGCUCCUCCUGGUGCCACCAUUCCAGGAACCAUUCUUACUCCAGAUUUAGCUGCGGCAGCGGCGGCGGCGGGGGGCAGCAGCAAGGUGACGCGGGCGCCAGUGCUGCGGUUGGAUGCGAUGGGGAGGGAGAUAGACGAGCAUGGCAAUGUGGUGGAGCGGCCCAAGAUCGCCCCCGUCAGCACUCUCAAGGUGAACAUCAACAAGGCGAAGAAGGAGGCGUUCAAGAUCCUGCGCCCGGAGCUGGAGGAGGACCCUCAGGACAGCCCCUUCUUUGACCCGCGCAUGGCCAGCGAGCGCCUGAAGCUGGUGCGGCCGCGCAAGGCGUCCUUCCAGUUCGUGGAGGAGGGCACCUUCGCCAGGCAGGCCGAGACCAUGCGCAUGCGGGUGCAGUUUGGCAUGGCGAGGCAGAUGGAGAUGGCGGCGCGGCAGAGGGCCAAGGAGAGGGAGGCGGCGGAGGGGGGGGAGAACCCCAACCUCGUGGAGGUGGGGCAGCGCCCCGUGGCCCCCUCGGAGAAGCCCAAGCCGCCCAUUCCCGACGUCGAGUGGUGGGACGCGCUCAUUCUGGCCUCUAAUCAGUACCCUGAGGAGAGCUCUGCCGUGCCAGCAGCUCUCAAGGCGUCCAAGAUCACCAUGUACGUCGAACACCCCGUGCCCAUCGAGCCGCCUGCCGAAGCCCCACCGCCGCCGCCGCAGCCGCUGCGGCUGACCAAGGGCGAGCAGAAGAAGCUGCGGACGCAGCGGCGCGUGGCGCGGGAGAAGGAGCGGCAGGAGAUGGUGCGGCAGGGCCUGCUGGAGCCUCCCAAGCCCAAGGUCAAGAUGAGCAACCUCAUGCGGGUCAUGGCUGCUGAAGCCACACAGGACCCCACGAAGAUGGAGAAGGAGGUGCGUGCUGCGGCGGCAGAGAGAGAGCAGGCUCAUGUGGACCGGAAUCUUGCGAGGAAACUGACCCCGGCGGAGCGGAGGGAGAAGAAGGAGAGGAAGCUGUUUGAGGAGACGCUAGGGGGAGGGGUGGGCGGUGGGGGUGAGACGCACGUGGCGGUGUUUAAAGUGCGGCAUCUGCUGCACCCGCAGACGCGGUUCAAGGUGGAUGUGAACGCGCAGGAGAAUCGGCUCACUGGGUGUGCGUUACUGGCGGAUUCGUUUGUGUUGGUGGUGGUGGAAGGCGUGAGCAAGUCGGUUAAGAGGUACUUGAAGCUGAUGAUGAGGAGGAUUCACUGGGCCGAUGCUGUGGCUCCUGGUGCGGCUGGGGAGGAGGAUGAGGGAAUGGGUGAAGGUGGGUUGAAAAAGGAGAACAAGUGUGAGUUGGUGUGGCAGGGUACGGUGGCCCGAGCCGCGUUUGAGAAAUUUACAGUGGAGCAGUGUCGCUCAAGUGCGGCUGCCAGGAAGUUUCUGGAGGAUCGCAAGCCGUCGUACGACGACAGGGGGCCAGAGCGCGCCAGACGCCCGCGAGGAGAUCGCGACAGAGCCAGAGGGGGGCCCAAGGACGAGGGGGAGGGGAGCGAGGAGGACGAGGAGGACGACGAGGAAGGCGGGGAGAGGGGCGUCGAGCGUGACAGGCCAAGGGACCGCGACCGCGUGAGCCGCGAGAGGCGGCAUUCGGAUCGCGGCAGAGGAAGCGGGGACAGGGACAGAGAUCGCGACGACCGCGAGUAUCGCGACAGGGACCGAGGCCAUCGCAGGGACAGAGACCGAGACUAUCGCCACCGGGACCGCGACCGCGACCGCGACAGGCGCAGCAGGCGUCGCGAUCGCUCUCGAUCACGUUCCCGUUCGUACUCGAGAUCGCGCUCUCGCUCCCGCUCCCGAGACAGGGAUAGACGCAGGCGCGCCAGCGGGUUCGACAUGGGCCCUGGUCCUUCUCUUGCAUCCGUGCCCGGGCUAGCAGGCCUGCUUUCUGGAGCUGGGGGAGCAGCGCCGGCAGCAGCACCAGCGCCAGCGGCACCAGCGCCGGCUGCUGCGCCUUCUGUGGGAACGCUGCCUCUCACGGGCGUCGCUGGCGCCAUGGCAGCGGGAUUCGCGGGGCUGCCAGGCAUGCAGGCAGUGCCCGGAUCCAUGUUCCCCAACAUGUUCCCCUUCGCUGCCGCCGCUGCCCAGGGAGGCAUGCCAACGCAAGCCACUCGCCACGCCCGCCGGGUGUACGUGGGCGGCCUCCCGCCCAUGGCAAACGAACAGAGCGUGGCGGCGUUCUUCAACAACGCCAUGGCGCUCGUCAAUGGCAACACCGCUGGACCAGGCGACUGUGUGGUGUACGUGUACAUCAACCAGGAGAAGAAGUUUGCGUUUGUGGAGAUGCGCACAGUGGAGGAGGCCAGCAACGCCAUGGCCCUCGAUGGCAUCAACUUCGAGGGAGUGUCAGUGAGGGUGCGGCGGCCCAGUGACUACAACCCGUCAAUGGCCGCCACCCUCGGCCCCACGCAGCCCAGCCCCAACCUCAACCUCGCUGCCGUCGGCCUCACUGCCGGUGGCUCGGGUGGAGCGGAUGGUCCAGAUCGCAUCUUCGUGGGUGGGCUGCCGUACUACCUCACAGAGGAGCAGAUCCGCGAGCUGCUCUCUUCCUUUGGGCCUCUACGGGCGUUUGAUCUGGUGAAGGAUAGGGACACGGGAAACAGCAAGGGGUACGGCUUCUGUGUGUACCAGGACCCCAGUGUCACGGACAUCGCCUGCAUGGCGCUGAACGGCAUGAAGAUGGGCGACAAGACUCUCACCGUGCGCCGCGCCACUGCCAGUGGUCAAGCCAAGCCCGAGCAAGCCAAUGUGUUGGCGCAGGCUCAGCAGCAAAUCGCCCUGUCGCGCAUGGCUCUGACAGGUGCCAACACAGUGGGGCUGGGCGCUACUGCACUGCCGGGUGCUCCUGUGGACAUCCCCACCAAAGUCAUCUGCCUCUCGCAGGUGGUGUCACCGGACGAGCUCACCAACGACGAGGACUACGAUGAGAUCAUGGAGGACAUGCGAGAGGAGUGCGCCAAAUACGGUUCACUUGUGAAUGUGGUAAUUCCUCGGCCACCAGCACCAGGCGCAACAGCUCCUGGGGUGGGCAAGGUGUUUGUGGAGUAUGGUGACACAGCAGGCGCCCUCAAGGCCAAGGCAGCCCUGCAUGGGCGCAAGUUCGGAGGCAACGCAGUGGUGGCCAUCUUCUAUCCCGAGGAUGCAUACGCGCGUGCCGACUACUCCAAGGUCUAA